GGGCCUUGUAAACGCUCGUUGAAUUAAAUCGCAUUGAUAAAAGCGGCUGUUAUCAUUAAUUUUUACAGACGGACAUAAAUUUCCGUCGAGGGCCUGUAGGGUACCCGCUUCAUUUCCGAGAUGCGGAAAGUGCAGAAGGUGAGUGCAGCUGGAAGUGCGAGUGGUGCCGCUGCCGCUGCAGCAAGUGAUCCAGAGAGCAGCGAACAGUACCUCCCGAAGCGGACGCACGCAAGAAGUCCUAUUUUCGAGAUGUCGACGGACGACGAGAGUGGAAUGACAUGCUGUAACUCGCGGCAGAAUGGCAUCGUUCAGCCGCUGCUCACAGAUUUGUAUCAAAUUACUAUGGCUUAUGCCUAUUGGAAGAGCGGCAAAAUGAACGACCAUGCCGUAUUUGAUUUGUUCUUCCGCAAGAAUCCCUUCCAGGGAGAAUUUACGAUCUUCGCCGGUCUUGAGGAAUGUAUCAAGUUCUUGAAUAAAUUUCAUUAUUCCCCUAGUGAUAUCAAGUACCUGAAGUCGACUAUGCCCGCUACAGUAGACCAAAGAUUCUUUGAUUAUUUGCAAAGUCUUACUGCAAAAGAUGUCACAAUAUACGCUAUAGACGAAGGAUCUGUUGUUUUUCCAAGAGUUCCAUUGUUAAGAGUCGAAGGAUCAUUGAUAAUGGUGCAGCUCUUAGAAACAACUUUAUUAACAUUGGUUAACUACGCGAGUCUAAUGGCAACAAAUGCGGCAAGAUAUCGCAUGGUUGCUGGAAAAAAUAUAACGCUGCUUGAAUUUGGUCUUCGAAGAGCGCAAGGACCUGAUGGAGGAUUAAGCGCGUCUAAGUACAGCUAUGUUGGUGGGUUUGAUGGAACUAGUAACGUCUUGGCUGGAAAGCUGUUCAAUAUACCUGUCUGUGGUACACAUGCACAUGCAUACAUUACGUCUUUCACCAGCAUUAGCGAUCUGCAAGGGAAAACAUUGGCGCAUAAACAAACGGGCGACGUUUUAGAUCUAUUGGAACUCGCUUUUAAGCAUCGCGAAGCUAUUGCUGACGAUUUGGGAGCUUUAGCCUCGCAAGCAUCUAACGGAGAAUUGGCGGCUUUAAUUAGUUAUGCCGUCGCUUUCCCAGAAAGAUUCACUGCUCUUGUAGACACGUACGAUGUUAAGAGCAUUGAGACGUCUGGCAAGGGGCAGGCACAAGUGGCCAGCCUAAAUGUAAAGAAUAAACUUCUAACUAACGGGUCCAAUACACACGCCCAAAACGGUGUAAGAAACAACCCAUUUAUAUCAGAAUCGACUUCGCAACUUCACAAGAAUGGCUUUUUAAGACGAGGCGAAUUGGGUGAGCUCUAUGUGAGGAGCGGUCUGUUAAACUUCUGCGCGGUCGCGUUAGCUCUGAACGACUUAGGAUACAGAGCCAUCGGAAUUAGGAUUGAUAGCGGCGAUUUAGCGUAUCUCAGUAACGUGGCGAGGGAUAUUUUCGAAAAAAUUGCUGUUAAAUAUAAUAUACCGUGGUUCGCAAAAUUGAUGAUUUGCGCAUCCAACGACAUCAACGAGGAGACAAUAAUAAGCUUAAAUGAGCAGGAUAUUUUCCAGAGUCACAAAAUCGAUUGCUUCGGAAUCGGAACGCAUCUCGUGACAUGUCAGAGACAACCGGCGCUAGGCUGCGUUUACAAAAUGGUAGAGAUCAAUGACGAACCAAGGAUCAAGCUCAGCCAAGAAGUUGGAAAAGUCACAAUACCAGGCAGGAAGGAUGCCUACAGAUUAUACGGGUCGGAUGGCUAUGCAUUGAUAGAUCUCUUGCAAAAAACGACAGAGGAACCACCGCAAAUGAUGCAGAAAGUCCUUUGUAGGCAUCCGUUUCAACAAACAAAAAGAGCUAAUGUUACACCAACUCGAGUAGAGUCUCUGCACAAGUAUAUUGGAAAGAUGGCAAACUGUGUCAGCCAUUACCAACAUUGCAAGAAAUUCGCAGCAGAGUGCAAGAAUCCCUCAAUACGUUACGUAACGAUCAUAAAAGGAACUUGAAUCCCACACCAUAUAAGGUAGCUGUCAGUGAUACUUUAUAUAGAUUUAUCGACGAAUUGUGGUCUCGGAAUGCGCCGAUUGGAGAAUUACGGUGAAGCAUACUACUCUUGUACAAGAA